CUGGGAGCCGAAAUUUACAGGUUAGAGGCCUUGGGAGGUGUGAGAGUGAGAGGUUGCCUUGACAGGAAAGUCGUUCCUUCCACCUGCGCCUGUUGAAAGAGACGUCACGUGCACAGCGACUAUCAAAGACUGAGAAAGGCAUCAAAGAUCUCACAUCUCACCACCACCACAGAGGCUUAUUCAUCGUGCAUAUUUCCCAUCAAAUAGUCUUAUCUGGCGGUUUCAGUAAGUUAGUCUGGUGUGACACAGCCAGUCUUCACUUCCAUAUGCCUUGUGGCGCCAAGGUUCGAGCUCGCUGUAGCAGCGAUGGCAAUAGUUUUAACAGCUCGUUCCUCGAUGCUGCACGAUUUCUCUCAAGCAUCGAUACUACUAUCGGCCCUGGUCGAACGCAUAUGAAGAUCUCGGUAGAGAAUGGGCCAUUGAAACCAGCAGCAUACGCAACUCCCAGCCCUUCCCUUCAAGAUACUGUCUUUGCUGUUUGUUACAAGAAGGACCCGAGUAUACCUCUAUGUGGCAGAAAUCAAGAUGCUAAUACGAUGACUGAUUAUCCACACGUCUCUAGCGAGUGGUAUUCUCUCGAUGGAAUGAAAGAGGCAGCCGGUUUUCUUCCUGGUCCAGACACUGCAAGGGCUCGAGAUACUUCUGAUAACGGCCGUAGAAGGUCCAGACAGCAUGCGAGCGGAGGCACCACUGCAGGAAGAAUACUUCAAAAUGGCGCCUUUCCGGAUCGAUUCAUACCCGCCAGGACCUACAUGGAUCCCACAUCCAUGAGUUUCCGCGUAACGAAAGGUCCUCGUUUCUUGUCAGCCGAAGAAAGGCUAUGGCGACGGCGGUCACCAAAAGCGGACCCUUUCAUGCCAAUACAUUCCCGAAAAGCCGCAGCGACUCAGAGAGCGUUGCAAAGAUCAAUCCGAUAUAGAAGGGGCCCUCAUUAUGGUCCCCAUCUUGUUAACGAUUCAGGUAUUGUCGGCCCUCGUGCACACAUCGGGGCAGCAGAAACUUUGCGGCAGAUCAGUGCUGGAGCUGUCUGGAACGUUGGCGGCCGCUCUGCGGUUUUGGGAAGACGCCUCGCAGCGGUGUCUGAUGGCACCGGGGGACUGCUGGAAAGUGGAACUACUGCACCUAUGUACACGGCCCGAUUUCUCGAGAAGACCAAUUCGACGGUAGAACAGCGCGAAACGCACGAGUCAAGGGUUGCCCUUGCAUUAGACAUUGAUCCAGCAACCAGGCUCCUCGAGACUUCAAGGUCUCCGCGUCUGCUUGAGUUAACGCCUAGUCCUUCUUCUCCUGACCAUGAAGCAUACUUUCCUUUCAAUUGGAAAGACGGCGCUUGGAGAAGGCUCGAAAGAACAGAUUGGACCAAUGUUAUCCCAAGAAGUAGACACAGGACACUUCCUUCAAGGCCGUUUAGAGUCCUUGAAGCCCCUUUUCUUCGUGAUGACUUCUAUUCUUCACCUCUGGCCUACUCCUCUACGUCUGGCUUCCUUGCUGUCGGUCUUGGAAGUAGAGUUUACCUCUGGUCCGAAUACUUUGGGGUCCAAUAUCCUCCUCUCAGCGUCCAACAUCCGUCCAAUUCUGUGACAUCACUCUCAUUCUCUUCUCACAAUGGUGGAAAUAGUAUUCUGGCUGUUGCCAGGCAGUCUGGUCUUCUGUCAUUGUGGAGUGUUUACGAGUCCGACACACGCUUCGAGAUAAGCCAUCCAGGCAGCAUCACCUGCGUCGCCUUCAAGCAGUCGACAACUCGUCGCUUAUCAGAGAGAUUCCCGAACAUCUUGGUAUAUACCGAGGAUCUUGCGGUUGGCGACGAGCUAGGGAAUGUGUGGUACUACUCUGUAGAGUGGACGGAUGAAAAGACCCGCAAAAAUUCAGGCUGGAACGGCUCGAUGACACUGCUCGCCAAAGUUUCUGCUCAUAAGCAGCAAAUAUGUGGCCUAGCUUGGUCACCGGAUGGGGUCUAUCUUGCAACUGGAGGAAACGAUAACGCGUGUCUACUCUUCGAAAUCCGUGAAAUCCUGUCGGCAUCUCCACUUGAUAUCACCUCUGGGUUGUCAGCCAGUCCCCAAUUGGCAUUGAAUACCUACGGGAGCGGAUCUCGCCCUGUGGUCAGGAGGAACAGAAACCCAUAUGAACGACAUCCUCUCGUCAGCCAUGUUUUGCCGUCUUGGAUGCAACCCCAUGUCACACCUGUAUCGACAUCGAUUCUCACACAUACCGGAUCCCUGAUUUCAGGACAUGGGCGAACCAUAAUGGUACCUCCAAACCGCCAAAAGCACCGACUGGCCCACUCGGCGGCUGUCAAAGCGAUUGCGUUUGCCCCGUGGCAACCUUCUUUGCUUGCUACUGGGGGAGGUUCAAAUGACCGGGCGAUCCACUUCUUCCAUACUCCGUCUGGUAUUUGUUUAGCAACGAUUAACGUAUUCGCCCAAGUUACCAGUCUGAUAUGGAGCAAAACGCGUCCUGAGAUCGUCGCCACAUUUGGGUAUGCUCAGCCAGAACAUCCUUUCCGCAUCGCCGUCUUUGCGUGGCCUAGUUGCGAACAGAUCGCUGCAAUACCCUGGGGCCCUCACGGCACCAGCUCCGAUCACAUGGAUACCAACUACGUGGGUGACUGUGGACGAGCGAUUUGGGCGAUUAGCUAUCCAGGCUGGCUGCCAGACAUGCCAGAGGAUGGCCCUGUAUACCCGGAAUGGCACUCGUCCCAGGCACCUGCCACAUCUGAUCACCCAGACAGGCUGCAGGAAGGCCGGCCAGGCCAGUCAUGGAUGUCGACAUUCAUGCGUCCAAAGGAAAAGGAGGGUGGUCUGUGGUGCUCUCGGACUACCGAGGAAGGUUGCAUCAUUGUGGCUUCGAGCGACUCGACCGUCAAGUUCCAUGAAGUAUGGUGCGGAUCGAAGAAAGGGAUCGUUCCGGCAUCCGGUCUUCUGGGAGGCAGCCAGAUUCUGGAGGAGUUAGAAGGGAUCGAGAAAACUGGAAGAGACGUCAUUCGCUGAGGGUUUGGGUGCUCGCCCGCGGACUACCUAACAAGACUCGUUUUCUACACACCCUGAUCCUUCAUGGCAUUCCAGAGCUCCAAGCUAGUUGUUGCUCUUGUGAUGAUAUCCU